CCAUCUCUCCCUGGACCUCUGCCCCUGGCUCUGCCGCAGGACCUCGGCUGCCCUGUGACCCCCGCGCAGAGCAGAGCAGAGCAGAGCAGAGCCACCAGGAAGUGAGGGCGGGAAACGCCCUCCCGCCUCCGGCUCCCGGCCCCGCCGCCGCCAACCGCAGAGCCGCCGCCGCCGCCCCGGGUUGCAGAGCGCGGAGCCCGCAGACAUGGACGUGAACCUCGCCCCGCUCCGGGCCUGGGACGACUUCUUCCCCGGCUCCGACCGCUUCGCGCGGCCGGACUUCAGGGACAUUUCCAAAUGGAACAACCGCGUGGUGAGCAACCUGCUCUACUACCAGACCAACUACCUGGUGCUGGCCGCCAUGAUGGUCUCCGUGGUGGGGUUCCUGAGCCCCUUCAACAUGAUCCUGGGUGGCGUUGUGGUGGUGCUGGUGUUCACGGGGUUCGUGUGGGCCGCCCACAACAAGGACGUGCUCCGCGGCCUGAAGAAGCAGUACCCCACCACCUUCGUCAUGGUGGUCAUGGUGGCCAGCUACUUCCUCAUCUCCAUGUUCGGGGGCGUCAUGGUCUUUGUGUUCGGCAUCACCUUCCCUCUGCUGUUGAUGUUCAUCCAUGCCUCGCUCAGACUUAGGAAUCUCAAGAACAAGAUGGAGAAUAAGCUGGAAGGCAUCGGCCUGAAGAGGACACCCAUGGGCAUCGUGCUGGACGCCCUGGAGCAGCAGGAGGAAGGCCUGGGCAAGCUCACUGACUAUCUCAGCAAAGCGAGGGAGUGACGGCACCUGGCGAGGCUGCUGCCGAGCGCCAGGUGCAGUGCUCGUCCAGGCCCACUUUCUGUGUGUGUUUCUGAGGUGAGGGGGACAGACCACCAACAGCCGAUGGCCGCAUGCAUCUGUGGGCCAAACUGUUAGCACCUCUGAUGUUACAGAGAAGGCCCAGGGACCGAAAGAAACACCCUCCCAGUCUGUCUAAACUUUCAACUAUGCUUAUGAAAACUGAUAGGAAAUGGAGCACACUUAUGUCCGACCUAGGGGAAUAAAGAAAAUGUAGGAAUUGAUUGUGCAGCCACAAUACAGUUAUAG